AUCAAGUCACUGCUAGUCCUCAAGAAUCGCUGGUGCCACUUGCGCCAAGAAAGCGUCGCAGACUUCGAACCGCAGCAAACACGAGCAGCCCGCGUUUUCGCCAUGUCCUUCUUGUUGGGAGUCGCGUGCCUCGUGUGUCGCGCGCUGGCUGGGGACUUCUCCACGGUGCCGGGCACGGGAUUCUUCGUGGACGGAGACGGCGUGCAGCGGCUGUUCCGCGGCGUGAACCUGGUGCGUAAGGAGCGCGGGGCUUGGCAGGUGACCCAUGAGGAGCUGAACGUGAUGCAGAAGCUGGGGCUGAACGUGGUGCGCUACGGAGUGAUUUGGUCCAAUGUGGAAGAAGCGCCCGGGGUGUACAAUGACACGUAUCUCAAAGAGGUCAGGGGCCAGAUUGAGCUCUUGUAUAGCCAUGGCAUCUACUCUUUCCUCGAGAUGCAUCAGGAUUUGCUGUCACCGUUCUUCUGUGCGGGUCAGGACGGAUCGCCAUUUUUUUACAAUACGCCGCCAAACUCCAGCGAAUAUCUGAAAGGUGGCAGCAAGGCAUAUCCCAUGCCCUUUGCGAAGCCAGAAUAUAUCGAAGGGCCUUCUGCUGAGGCUUAUGGGCCAUGGGGUCAGCCCAAGUGUGGGCGGCUAAGUCAGUGGGGGGAGAGCUAUGCGACCUAUGCCAGCUGUAGCACGUGGCAGGCCUUCUAUGACAAUGUGGACGGCGUGCAGGACAAGUUCGCAGCUGCAUGGUCAGCAGUGGCUUCGGCAGUGGCCCAGGACAACCCAGGUGUCAUGGGCAUCGAGAUCCUGAACGAGCCCUGGGUUGGAGAUAUCUAUGCUGAUCCGUUGCUGCUGGUUGGAGGCAAGGCAGACAGGCAGAAUCUAGUCCCGCUCUACGACCGGGUACAAAAGGCGCUGCGAGAAGUUGUGCCGGAAGUUCCCAUCAUGUUCGAGCCCAUCACUGGGGGCUCUAUCAUGGAUCGAGAGGUGGGGUUCACGCAAGACACGGCGCCUGGCGGGCCAGCGAUGAAGCGGAAGAAUGCCUUCACUUUUCAUCUCUACUGCCCGCUUAUUCAGUCUGACGUGCCCCUUCCUUCCUCUGGCAAGCUGAUCAAGCGAAUCGAGCUGGCUGUGUGCAAUAAGUUCGAUCAACUGAAUCUUGAUACCCGUGGCCGGCAAAGCCAGAUGCUGGGCGCCGGGUCUUUUCUCAGUGAAUAUGGAUCCAUCCCCGCCACCUCCGAGGCCACGAAUAUGAUGUCGAGGCUCCUGUCAGUGGCGGACAGCAACAUGAUGAGCUGGACCUUCUGGGAAAUGGGCAUGCUGAAGCGAGCGCCUGACUGGAUUCAGAACUCUCUUGACAGGAGCUAUCCAGCAGUUGUCCCAGGCCGUGUUGUCCGCUUCACAACCGAGAUGAACAUCACAGUAGCAGGCACGACUCUUAACUCUUUCCAUGUCGAGUUCGUGGCAUCCGAUUCCAGGGAGGCAAAGAUUCAGCUGGCUCGAUCGGCUUUCCCCUUGAGCUCUCGCCGGGUGUCUUUCAAGAUUGUUCCGGAGUCGGCGACGUUCCGCCUGAACUCCACCUCCAAUGCCAUCUUUAUUGCAUCGGCUCCAACAACCACAGUGGUGAUGGAGGCGGUGUACCAGCAUGAAGAGGUGAACUAUUUGAAGCAUUUGAACGCCAUUCAGAUUUGAAUGCGGGGAUGUGCGCAUGUGUGCGCAUGUGUGCGAAUGACCCAUCGCAGCUUGGGCCAGUUUGCUUGAAUGUCAGCCCCCGUCACGCAAGGCACUCUCGUGCGCACGUCUCUGCAAGCCAGAGAGCCCUGAGCAAAGUGC